ACAGCAGCUGCGCUGACUUGCCUUGAGGUCUCCAGCACCAUCUCCACCGCUGAGAGCAUGUUCUGGCUGUUCCACUCUCUCUCAUUCAUCUUCUGUCUCAGUUCAGGGAAUGCAGUUUCACAACCCAGCUCAACCCCAGUGGUAGUGAACGGGACUCUGGGGAAGUCGGUAACCUUUCCCCUGGAGUUUCCCACAGGAGGGAAGCCCGAGGACAUCACAUCCAUCAUCGUGCUUCACAGUGGAAGAUCUAUUGCCUUCAUAAACCCGAGAGAAGCAGGACGUGCACACGUGACCGAUCCUAAAUGGAAAACACGACUGAACUUCAUUUAUCCUGACUCCGUGCAGCUCCACAACCUGACGAUGGCAGACGCUGGACCUUACAGCACCCAGAUGUCCACAGAAAACUCCACGUGGCUUUCCAGCUAUAUUCUGAGGAUCUUUAGACAACUAAAGAACAUACAAGUUACCAAUCACACUCAGUGGUCUGAGAACGGGACCUGUGAGAUCCAACUGGCCUGCUGGGCGGAGAAUUCAGACAAUGACUCAUUCAAGUGGCAGGCCCCAGGAAUGUCACCUCUGAAUGGACCAAACCUUACUGCCUCCUGGGAUCCCAGGAAUUCUAGCGAACAGAACUACACAUGCAACGCUGAGAACCCCAUCAGCAAUUUGAGCUUCUCCGUCUCUGCCCAGAGGCUCUGUGAAGAUGUUACGAAAAACCAACACUCAAAUUUCAUACGGAUUACGAUUCCAGUGAUGAUAAUAAUAGUCAUCAUUGUAUGUGCCGUGCUCUAUUGUGUCUGGAGGAAAAAAAGAGGUUCCCAUCAUGUGUCUUCCCAGCAAACUCAGAGUCCUGGUGAGCACCCAGACUCUCAACUCCCAGACAUAAGGCAGAUGGGAAUCGCUGAAUGGAAGAGGAAGGGGAUGGCCGAACACCUGGCAGAGUCUGUGAGGAACGUAGAGUAUGCUUCAGUCUCUAUUGGGAAUACUGUGUACGCCCAGGUCUCUCAUCCAAAGAGAGAAACGGAAAUCCCAACACCUGUGAAGAACAAUGAUUCUGUCACAAUUUACUCCACAAUUAAUAAUUCCAAAGAGAGUAAACCCAUUUCCUCCAGGCCAACUGCCCUGGACAAUGUCGUCUAAGUUUCUGAGAGACCUCAAAGGAAUUCAGGAAUGACACACCUUCUCCUGGUCUGAUGGGAGAGCACAAAGAGCAGAAAACUUGAUUUUCUGCUGGCAAACAGAACCUGGAUACUUAGGGUUAUGGCUUCCAGUCCUUCAGACUUGAAAUUGCUUCUCUAGGACAAACACUGAAGGAGUAACAUCAUCCCAAUGUGUGAUCCAAAUAAUACUUCCAGUCCACUUCUGGCCAGAGCAUACUUUGGAGAACACACCUGUGUGUUGAAUCUCUCUUUGGAAACUAAGUGAAUGGAGUUAUGCGUGACAGAGAGAUCAUAAUUCAGAAGAUAACCACUUCUCUCCUUGAAGAAAGCAGCAGUGUUGCAACCCAUCAGGAGAGAGUCUAGUGUGUUGGUUGCCCGUGUAGUCUCCAGUUGGAUGGGCCCAUACUUGUAUUCUGAUACAUCAAUUGCUAGUCAUACCUCCUGGGGCAUGCUAUCUAACCUCUUGGAGCUUUAGUAUCCUAAACUGCAAAAGGAGGAGGAUGGUAAUAUACCAAGUCCAUUGCUUAAACCCAGAAUCUGCAUCAUGCCUGACUUCAGCUUCUCUACCACCAAGAGAGUCCAAGACCUUGGACUCUCCCUCCAAAAUAUAUCUUAGACCUGUUCACUGCUCUUCAAGUCCUCCACCACCAUCCUAAACCCACCACCACCCCCUCUAACCUGGAAUGUUUCAAUAACCUCCAAACAUCUCUCCCCACUUUUGUGGUCCCUCUCCAAUGCAUUUUCCCCAAAACAGUCAGUGUAGUGUUUUUCAAUAUAGACCCCAUCCUUUACUUGCCUACUUAAAACCCUGAAGCCCCUCCACCCACCCACUGCACUCAGAAUAAAAUCCAGCCUUGAUAGGCCACAUCAGCCUCAGUUAGCCUCGCUCCCCCUGCACUCUUUGCCCUCGAUCUUCCUGCAGCUCUUCUAUGAGAGGAAAUAGUCCUCUAGGUUAGUUUUUGGUUUUGAUUUUUGUUUUUAAUUUGCCAGAGGGUGCAUGUGUUCUCCAGAGAGAGAGGGACAGAGAGGAAACACCACCAGUAGGGUGUGGUCAUGCCACAAUCGCUUCUACUCCAUUU